CGGACUUGGUAGCAAGCUUUUGACCUCCCAACUCCAAGUCAUGUCGACGCAAUCUAUAGAGCAUGGCAGACCGCCCAUAGAUGAACCAGAAGGGGUGCAUCCCGCUGUCCAACCUUCGCCGGAUAUACAGCGCUCACAACCAACGUCACAGCCACUGGAUGCAGCGACAAUAGAAAGACUGGGACGAGAAAGGCCUCCAUGCUUCUCUAGCAUCUGGACUGAGUUGGCCUUUUGCUUUUCUAUCAUCAUGUGCCAAGUCCUCGCGGAAUACUAUAUUUCUGGCUCCAAUGUUCUCCUUCCAACUCUAAUCGAAGAAAUGAAUAUUCCGCCAGCACUUUCCAUUUGGCCGUCGACGGCUCUCUCGCUCGCCGUGACCUCUACCCUGCUCAUCUUCGGUCGCCUCGCAGACAUGUACGGUGGCUUUAUUAUGUACAUCGGUGGAAUGGUAUGGUUGACCACCACAUCCCUCAUCGCAGGUUUCUCCCAGAGCUGGAUGAUGUUGUUCGUGUUCCGUGGACUCCAGGGGUUGGGGUUGGCCUCCUUCCUACCAUCCAGUAUCAUGAUUCUCGGCAGCGUUUACCGACCCGGACCGCGUAAGAACCUGGUUUUCAGUGUGUAUGGAGCUUGCGCGGCACUGGGAUUUUUCGCCGGCAUUUUCUUCUCGGGUAUUGCAGGCAGCUUUCUUAACUGGCGCUGGUACUUCUACAUCGGCUCGAUUCUCUCCGCGGUCACCGCCCUUUCAUCCUAUUUCUCUAUCCCAAAUGACUAUGCCGCCACGCGAGCCUCAACGAAGGCUACUAUGGACUGGAUCGGGUGUGCCUUGCUUGUGCCCGGAGUGGUGCUGUUUGUUUUUGCCAUCGCGGACAGCGCGCACGCGCCGCAGCAGUGGCGGACCCCGUACAUCCUCGUCUGUCUCAUCCUAGGCGCUAUCAUCUUGGGGGUAUUCGUCUAUGUGGAGGGUUGGGUAGUCGACAAGCCCCUCCUCCCCGGAGAUUUGUUCUCAGUCAAGUACAUGAAGCCGCUGAUUAUUUGUCUCUUGCUCAUGUAUGGGAGCCUUGGAAUAUUCCUGCUAUACGCUGCCUUGUACAUGGAAAGCAUUAUGGGUGCAACUCCCCUCCAGGUCGUAGCCUGGACCACGCCAAUGGCUGUCGGCGGCCUGAUCAUAUCCGCCACCGGUGGCUUCAUCCUACACAGCCUUAACGGAACUCUCCUUAUGAUCCUUUCCGGACUGGGCUACCUAGGCUCGGGGCUGCUGUUCGCCGUCCUUCCUCGCGGAGGCAACUACUGGGCCUUCGUCUUCCCCUCCAUGAUCUGCGGCACGAUCGGCAUCGACAUCAGCUUCAACGUGACCAACAUCUUCAUCACGACCAACAUGCCUCAGCAGCGCCAGGGGCUAGCGGGAGCUUUGAUCAACUGUACCUUGCACAUGGGAAUCGCCGUGAUGCUGGCGUUUGCGGACCUCAUUCAGGUGUACACUGAGGAGUAUCUCGACACUAAGGGUAGUUACCAAGCUGCCUUUUGGUUUCAGGUCGGCUUGUCAGGACUGGCCUUGGUGCUGGUAGCUCUGUUUGUUAGGAUUGAUCGCGCGAAGAGUGAUUUGACGGUCGAUGAGAAGCGGAGGUUGCAGUUGGAGCAGGAAGGCGUCUUGAAGGGCUCUGAACAAUAUUAG